AUGAAUAGCGGACUGCUUCAUAUUUAUAUUAAUAGAAGUAAUGUAUACGGAUCCGUAAAUUAUGCUCAACGCGCAUUCUUUAAUUACGUUUAUUACAAGCCUACAAAAAUCAUGUUAUUAGGAGCAGAUUUUUCUACGGUAACAGAACCAUUAGCCACAACUUCAUCGUUAUGGAAUUUAAUUCAGGCCAUGAGUAGCUUGAGAACAAGCCUUACAGCAGCAAAUAUUAAAAUUAACGGCUAUGAAACUUUUCGUGAAGAUCCAUAUGACGCUGUUCGAGCACUAAAGAGUCGUGAUGCUAGAAUUAUCAUUGCCAAUUUCUAUGAAAAACAGGGCGCUCAUGUUCUUUGCGAGGCUUAUCAUCAAAAUAUGCGAGGUGGAAAAUAUGUUUGGAUCUUGCUCGGAUGGCUGCAAGGUCAAUGGUGGAAUACAACCGUUAUAGCGCGAUCCGGCAAUUGUACCUCUAAGGAACUAAUCGAAGUUUUGGAUAACCAUUUUACCACUGAUUUGGUUUAUUUAAACGACGAUAAUGAAACGAUUCCAUCAGGGAAGAAUGUUAAACAACUUGUGACAGAAUUAGAAGAUCGAUUAGGCUAUCCUCCACAAACCCAUGGUUAUUAUCCUUUUGCUUACGAUGCUAUCUAUGCUAUGGCAUUCGCCAUGAACGUGACUGAAAACCAGUUAUCAAAAAAUAACAAAUCUUUAUCACAAUUUCAUUACGGCGACAUUACAAUGGCUAAAAUGUUAAAAGAUAACAUGGAUUAUGUAAAAUUUCGCGGAUUAACGGGUCCAGUUAGCUUCAAAUCAACAGGGGAUCGAGAGGGCAAUACCAAGAUAAAUCAAAUUCAAUUUGAAGGAAAUGUAGGCAAUAAAGUACUCGUUGGAAUUUACAAAAGUUCAAGUAAAGAAAUCGUUAUGAAUAGGCAACUUAUCAGAUGGACCGAUAACUCCACACCAGUAGCCGCUGUUCGAAGGAUUAUAGAACCGACAUCGAUUAACUUAGACCUAUUUAUCGGUGCUUGUGCCACGGCGGCUUUGGGUAUCGUGCUAGCGAUCGGAUUUCUCAUUUUCAAUCUUGUUUAUCGAAACCAUAGAUAUAUCAAAAUGUCAAGUCCAAACUUAAAUAACAUCAUCAUUUUGGGUUGUAUUAUUAUGUACGCCUCGGUAUGUGUUUUUGGUCUGGACAAUCGCUUCAUUCCGGAACAUUUACUUGUUCUAAUAUGUUCGUUACGCAUGUGGGUACCAAUCAUUGGCUUUACCUUAGCCUUUGGUACAAUGUUUGCCAAAACUUAUCGAAUCUACAAGAUAUUUGUUGGUAGUAGAUCCAAUAAGAAAGUGGCUGUAUCAAUACCGCAAAUUAUUACAGAUACGCAAUUAGUCAUUCUCGUUGGUAUUCUCCUAUCUAUUGAUUUUAUUUUAUUGGCUACUUGGCAAUUAAUUGAUCCACCAACUAUUCAACGUUUCAAUAUUUCAACUUAUCAGAAAAGCCAAGAUGAAACAAUCGUUUCUCAAAUUUGGUUGUGCCAUAGUAAGCAUAACUUAUACUGGUUUAUUGCAUUAUAUACCGAGAAAGGAUUGCUAUUGCUGGCUGGUAUGUUUCUGGCAUGGGAAACACGAGGUGUUCGCUACGCAGCAUUGAAUGAUUCUCAGUACAUUGCAAUGUCAGUUUAUAAUGUCGUGAUUCUAAGUGGAGUGGGAGUAUUAGUGGUUUCUAUUAUGGCUAAAAGUAUUAAUGCAGCUUAUGCGUUAAUGUCGGCGUUAUUAAUAUUUGGCAAUACAGUCAUUUUAUGCUUGGUAUUCGUUCCAAAGUUUAUCGAAUUCAAGAGAAAAGACGAUCCAAUUCAUGGUGAUUCAAGAAGGCCAUCUAUGAAUCCUUCAGCUAUGCAAUCAAUAUCGGCUACAAAUAUGGCUCUUAUUAGUAAAACACCUAGCACAUGA